CCUCCCCACGGGUGCACGGUCAGCGAUUCUCGGUCUACUGCUCCUCGUCGGUGUAUUUUCAACAAUCUCGGAAGCCAAACAAGACUUCACUUUCUACAGCCAGAAUCUGUACAUAAGUGGAGCAAAAAACAUCAUCGGUGGCUUCAAGAGCGGGAGUGACACAGGGGCUGGGGUGUCAUUUGAACGGCGGCUCGAUACCGGUACUGGCGGCACUGUCUUGCCGUCCGGCGUUGGGCCAAGACCCCAUACUUCUGCUUCAGCACUACUUUUCACCAUGAACGCUGGACAGACCAGCAGAUUCGGCGCUUACGACUGUACAUUUGACCCCGUAGAUGAGGAUCAACCCGAGGUUAAGAUAACGACUCUUAUUAUGGCUGAUGAUGCUUACGUUAUCCCGGAAUCACCAACCAAAGUAGCAGCCAUUGGAGAUUCUGUGACAUUGACGAUGACGUCUUACUCCGGUACCCUAGAUGACUUACGAUGGAGGCAUGAUGGUGAAGUCAAAACGGAAUGGAAUGGGCAAUUAGCCAGUACUAUCAAUAGCGUACAAGCCACAGAUGCAGGCAUCUACGAAUGUUACGAAACCCCAAAACGUCCAGAUCAGAAGCAUGGGAUCAUGAAACUUAUUGUAAGAGAUUGUGGAUUGUACAACUGGGAUCCUCCAUCUUGCAACAAAACGUGCCCAGCUUGUCAUAAUGGAGGCGUUUGCGACGACAAAACGGGGGAGUGCAUCUGCGCACCGGGGUUCAGCGGUGACUUUUGCGAAACUCUACAUGGCAAAAACUUUUUUGGUCAAGACGGUGGUAUCACCUGCAGCUCAAAUGCAGACGUAGCUUGUAGAAACAACUUGAUGUGUCUCCCUGAUCCGUUUGGAUGUACCUGUGCCGCUUCUUUCACUGGUACCAACUGUGAGAAUGAUUGUCCCCCUGGGUCUUUUGGUGCUGGAUGUAGACAGCAAUGUCAUUGUGCUUCUGGUGUGUCUUGUGACUUUGGCCACGGUCGCUGCCCCGAUGAAUGUGAAAACAGUUAUAGAGGAGAAAAUUGUCAGAAUAGUUGUCCUUUUGGGAAAAUUGGAGUCAAAUGCAUUAAUUGCACUGGUAAGUUUGGACCUACAUGUACUGCUCCAAACCAUGGUUAA